GUCUCGUGCGGCGGUCAGCAUACCUGCGCUCUCAACUCGUCUGGAGAGCUGUUCUCCUGGGGAAACAACCGAUACGGACAGCUCGGGAGAUCAGUUUCCGAGGGGUCUGAAGUCAUGAGAGAUUGCUUUCCGAUGCCAGUGGAGAUGCCUAAGGGAGUGUCUGUCACCAUGAUAGCUUGCGGCGACUUGCACUGCGUCUGCAUCGCCGACAUUGUUUCUCAGGAUCGUUCGGGGCUCUUCAGCUGGGGCUGCGGUGACAAUGGCAGACUCGGCUACCCAGCAGGGGCCCACCAGCCGACCCCUCGACUCAUCGAGUUUGACUUGCACGAAGAUUUCGUUGGCGUCUCUUGCGGUUCAAGUCACAGCGCCGCCAUCACCUCCAAGGGCCAUCUCUACACGUGGGGGAGCAACGAGUCCGGUCAGUGCGGGCCCUUCAAGCUGCCGGCCUUGCAAGACUUGAAGGAGAGCCAAGUCAUCACCUCCAUCUCCAGCAGAGGUUUCCAUGCCUGCGCUCUCACUGACGACGACAAGUUGCUUAUCUGGGGCAAAGGCGUCUCGGGGAGACUCGGGCUCGGGAACGAAGUGGACCAGUACGUUCCCAUCAUCAUCGAGUUCGAUGGGGGGAGCGUCCCGGUGAAGGAGCUGAGCAUCAAGGAUGAGGGGAUAGUGGUGGAGGCUGUUUUCACCGAGGUGCCCGACGGGCUCAAGGUUGGAGACAGGCUCAAGGAAGUGAGCUACCGCACGAUAGGACCCGAGUACUCCAUCGCCAUGGUGAAAGAGCUCUUCAACGGGCCCAUCGACAGCGUGUGCCGCAUCGUCAUCGAGAGGAUGGUCAAGGAUGAAGAUGAUCUGCUCGGGGAGGAGGAGCAGCUGAAGGAGCUUGUAAAGUAUGUGAGACGGGUUGACUGGAGGGAGAUCAUUACAGAGGGUGGCUGA